UGGUCCAGAUCCGCGCAUGCUCAACUCCACUCCUGCUGUUCCAUGUGACUCGGUAAAAUGGCUGUGUGUCGCGGAGCCUCGUGCUGCUGCGUCGGUCGGGUUCUGUAACAGAGGCAGAGUGUGAACACAUCUGGUGUCAGUUCAAUUCAUCCCUGGGGUCCUCAUUUCUAUUAAAACUUAGACACUGGGCACAAGCCCGGGUCCGGUCUGGAGGUUAGGAGGGAGGAGGAGGAGGAGGAGGAGGAGGAGGAAUGAUCCAGGGCGCAUUGUUCAAAUAACUGGGUUUAUAUCCGGUGCAGUUCGGAGCUGGAGUGUGAGAAGUAACUCCUUUAACAAGUGGGAGACACGCACGCACGCACGCACACACGCACGCACGCACACACACACAUACACACACAGUAAUGGCCGCUCAGGUCGCUGCGCUCGGCACCGGUCCGUGUCCAGGCGCAGAAGUGAAGAAACCGGACAGAGACGCGCACGGAGACUCGGUACCGGGAGACGCGCAGCACGAACACCACGACACCGGCGGCUCUCCGGGGCAGAAAGAGCUUCAGGACGGCACGGAGUUAGCUAAUGCACCGGGAGGAGGAAGAGGAGGAGGAGGAGGAGGAGGAGGAGACCCUGACAUGAAGAACGGCAACGACAAAUCGUCCCGGAUGAACAACAGUAAUAACAACAACCAGAACGAUCCUGAUGCUAACAGUCAGCUCGGCACUGCUCAACACACCCAGGGCGUCUUCUCUCCACCUCCAUACGGCUACAACCGGGGCCCUUUUCAUCAACAUGGCGGACAACAAAGCCCUGCUGCACCGGGCACUGUAAUGGAGCCGUAUCCGUCUAACGCGCACGAACACGGCUUCCACAACCAGUACAACAGCUACGGGCCGUUUCCGAGCCGGACUCCGUACCAGGGUUAUGGCAUGAGCUCCCCGCGUCCCCCAGUCAAGCAGCAGCCGUCAGGAGCAGCUCUUAUGGCGGGUGCGUAUAAUAACCAGAGGUAUAACAUGAGCAACCCCCAGACUACCCCGACCCCAACUCUAAACCAGCUCCUGACCUCCCCCACGGCCACCAGGGGCUACCAGAGCUACCCACAGAGUGACUAUAACGGUCAGGACGGCGUGAGUAAAGCAGCAGUGGACAUGAGCAGCGCUAAUCACUACGCAGGAGGUCACACGCCCUGGCAACAAAGAGGCCAUCACGCGCCCCCGGGCAGUCCGGGGAACACCGCGCACGCGCUCAACAGGAACCAGACCCAAAGCUCAAUGGACCAGGUGGGGAAGAUCAGGGCCCAGCAUUAUGGAGCAGGAAACCUGUACACUCAGCAGCAGCAGCAGCAGUCUCAGGGGCCUCCACCCCAGCAGGGGUCUUCCUACCCCGGGCAAGGCUACGGCUCACCAGGACCACAGAGAUUCCCCAUGAGCAUUCAGGGACGCACCCCUGGGGCUUUGGGAGGCAUGCAGUACGGGCAGCAGAUGGGGUACGGACAGCAGGGCCCAGGAGCUUAUGGCCAGAGCCAAGGAGGCUACUACGCUCAGCAGAACCCUCUUACUCCCCAUGGAGGCCUUCAGCAGGGUUCAUACCCUCAGCAGCAUUCCAGUGUGCCAGGCUCCCAGCAUCCUUUCUCCCAAUCUCCUUCGGGUCCUCCUCUGCCUCAGGGGGGGUCGCCGUACUCCCAGCAACCCCAGGGCCAGUCUUCAUACUCCCAGGCUCCACAUUCCCAGGCUGGCCAGCCUACUUAUACUCAACCCCAGGCUCUUUCUCAGGCCCAGGGUACACCUCAGUCAGCUCAGGGCCCUCAGCAGCAACUUGGAUUCCCCCAAGCACCGCCUGGUUCCGGGCAGCAACUUCCUCCUCCACCUCCUACGCAGCAACAGGGUGCAACUCUGCAGCAGCAGCCCAGUGUAGGCCCUCCUCAGCAAUCCCAGCAGCCCAUGGGUCACGGUCCUCCUCCACAGGGACACCAGCCCUCACCCUACUCCAAAACCCCACCAACGCAGCCUCAGCAGCAGACACCAUUUCAGCGCUUCCCUCCUCCACAGCAGGAGCUGGCUCAAGACUCCUUCAGUUCCCAUUCUUCUGGUCCUACCUCCAACCUGCCCCUGGGCUCCAGUAAGAGUGCUACAGAGGACGGCAUGCAGGGCUGCCCUUCAAGUCUGCCUGACCUGGGCUCCAUCGAUGACCUGCCCACCGGCGCGGAGGGAGCAUUGAGUCCGGGGGUCAGCACGUCUGGUGUCUCUAGCAGUCAGGGUGAUCACAGUAACCCGGCCCAGUCGCCGUUCUCCCCACACACCUCUCCUCACAUGCCGGGCAUCCGUGGGCCUUCGCCAUCCCCCGUGGGCUCGCCUGCCAGUGCCACGCCCUCUCGCACCGGACCCCUUUCACCUGCUGGAAGUCAGAUGCCUCCCAGACCCUCCAGUGUCCAAUCAGAUGGAAUCUUGCAUUCUUCCAUAAACCAGUCGGCUGUUGGCCAGGAGAGAGUCUUCAUGCGGAGCACACAGAUGCCUCCUUACGGCUCUCCUCAGCCUGCAUCUGCCUUAUCGCCACGCCCACAGUCUGGAGGCCAGGUGCAUGCUGGGAUGGGUCAUUAUCCUCAGAACAACUCCAUGGGCAGUUAUGGGCCACAGGGAGGGCAGUAUGUUCCUCAAGGCUACCCAAGGCAGCCUGGGUAUGGCAGCAUGCCUGGCCCUAACUAUCCUGGUGGUCCAAGCAUGGGCAGUCCUAUAAAUCCCAUGUCGGGACAGGGAGGAGGGGGUGCCUAUAGUGGAAUGCCUCCUGGACGCAUGGGUCCAGGACAGAUGGGCUCGAGGCCAUAUGGUCCCGGUCCUGGUCCAGGCAUGAGUCCCAACAUAGGUGGCAUACCACCUCAAGUGGCUUCAGGCAUGUGCCCUCCCCCUGGCAUGAACAGAAAGCCCCAGGAUCCAACCUCAGCAGGCAUACAGCAUGGUCCGUCGAACUCAAUACACAGGCCUCCUGGUUAUCCUGGGAUGAACCAGGGGAUGUUGGGAGCUGGGUCUCCAUAUGCACCAUCUAUUAACAGCAUGCAUGGUAUGAUGAACCAGGCAGGGCCAUAUCCCAUCGGAGGCAAUGUGGCCAACAACUCAGCAGGCAUGACGCCAAGCCCAGAAUUUGGCAUGGAAAAGGUUAACCAAAACCAAAAGAUGAAUAAUAAAGUUGACGGGACUCCUAAAGCUGAAUCGAAAAAGAAGUCAAACUCUUCCACCACCACAAAUGAGAAAAUAACUCGGCUUUAUGAGCUGGGCACUGAGCCAGAGAGGAAGAUGUGGGUGGACCGUUACCUGGCCUUUGCUGAGGAGAAAGCCAUGGGCAUGACCAACCUGCCGGCAGUGGGACGAAAACCUCUCGACCUCUUCCGCCUCUAUAUAUCUGUUAAAGAGAUUGGUGGCCUUACACAGGUGAAUAAGAAUAAAAAGUGGAGAGAGUUGGCAACUAACCUGAAUGUUGGAACUUCUAGUAGUGCAGCUAGCUCACUAAAGAAGCAGUACAUUCAGUGUCUUUAUGCCUUUGAGUGCAAGAUUGAGCGUGGUGAGGAUCCACCUCCGGAUAUUUUUAACAACGACCCCAAAAAGAACCAGGCAAAGGUACAGCCACCCUCUCCAGCGGGAUCUGGAUCUUUACAGGGCCCUCAGACUCCACAGUCAACUAGCAGCUCUAUGGCUGAAGGAAAUGAUCUGAAACCCCCUACUCCUGCGUCAACACCCCACAGCCAGAUGCCCCCAAUGCCUGGUGUGCGGAGUAGUGUGAAUGUUCAAGACCCGUUUGCUGAUGGUGGAGAUCCUAACUUUGCUAGACGGAGUUCGCUGACUCCUAACUCUAACUUCCAGCCCGGAAUGGGGGGCCCACCUGAUCUAAUGGGUCGAUUAGGACAAUACGAGCCUAAUAAGGACCCUUUUGGUGGUAUGAGGAAAGUGGGUGAGCAGUUUAUGAAUCCGGGACAAGGCCCCAGUGGUGGAAUGAGUGAACAAUAUAACAGAGGCCCUCCAGGACCUACUGGUAACAUGCAGUUAGGUCACAGACAACAGUACGGACCAUAUGGACCGGGAUAUGAACGAAGACAAGAGCCGGGCAUGAGUCCAGAUGGCAGUAUAGGUCCUGGAGCCCCACAGCCAAACCCCAUGCCCUCUGGUGCAGACGCAGGAAUGUAUUCACCUAAUCCACAACAGCAAAGGCAUGAUUCCUUUGUUAAUCAGUACCCUGGUCAGAGUGCACCCCCUAGUGGACAGUACCCAAAUCAACAGCCUGGAAUCUACCCACAGCAGCCGAAUUACACACAAAAGAGGCCUGGAGAUAGUGGUUAUGGUCCCCCAGCAAAGCGUCAUGAGGGGGACAUGUAUCCAUUUAGUGGCCAGCAGCAGCAGGGCCCUCAACCCUCUGGUGGACACCAGCAGGAAAUGUACAACCAGUAUAACGCCUACCCUGGCACAGAUCGACGUCCACCUGGUCCACAGAGUCCGUUUCCUUUCAGUUAUGGAAGGGACAGGGGGCCAAAUGCUGGCAACUCUAACUCUCAGGCCUCCUUGCCACCCCAGAUGAUGGCCAGCCCCUUGUCAUCUGCCCCUGAUGGGACCCAAGGCCCCAUGUGGCAAGGCAGAAAUGACAUGAACUAUUCCAACUACCAUAGUCGUCAGGGACCUCCCGGAGUUUCCACUCAAGGUCCAGGGUACCAUGCCAUGAACCGUUCUGAAGACCAAAUGUUACCUUCAGACCAGCGAAUGACUCAUGAAAGUCCAUGGCCUGGUCAUGUCAACCAGAGGCAGCCUCCUUAUGGACCUGGUGGUUCUGGCCCACCCAUAUCUAGAACGUUGCAGUCCAGUUUUCAGUCCUCUCAAAAUCACAUUCCACAGGUAUCAAGUCCAGCACCCAUGCCGAGUACCAUGGAGAACAGCACAUCUCCCAGCAAGACCACAUAUAUGCAUACUGGGAUAAAGAUUCAGAAGCCUGGACCUCAAGUCCCAGCCUCUCACACAGCCCAGUCACCAAUACAGCCUCCUAUGGUAAGGAGAGACACAGCCUUUCCUCUAGGGUCUGUGGAGGCAACCCAGCCCAUCCUCAAAUCACGCCGCCGACUUACUAUGAAAGAAAUUGGAACACCAGAAGCCUGGAAAGUCAUGAUGUCUCUCAAAUCAGGAUUGCUGGCAGAGAGUACUUGGGCCUUAGACACAAUCAGUAUUCUUCUUUAUGAUGAUAAUAGCAUUUCUACCUUCAGUCUGUGUCAGCUUCCUGGCUUCCUUGAACUAAUAGUGGAGUACUUCCGUAGAUGUCUCAUUGAAAUCUUUGGUAUUUUGAAAGAAUAUGAGGUUGGAGAUCCUGGGCAGAGAACGUUGAUUGACCCGGAUGCUGCCGACACUGAUGUGUCUGAUGAAGAAGUCCCAGAAGUAGAGCAAAUAGAUGAAGAAAUGGAUAGUGAGGAGAAGUGUAGCCAACACACAUCCCAGAUCCAAGUCAAGCAUGAGAAGAAUGAGCUUAUGCAUGACUGGAAUUCCAGUGAAAUGUAUGAAGAGGAAAAAGAAGGAGAAAUGUCUAAAAAGCAUGAAUUAUCUUCCCCCUUGCAAGACAGUCAUGCAGUACAGGAAAAGCUCAAACAAGCUAGCAAAUUUGACAAGCUUCCCAUUAAGGUAGUGUGGAAGAAAGACCCAUUUGUCAUUGGGCGCACGGGCAAGUUGGGUCAACGACAGAGUUUUGACAGUGGGCUGAUUCAUUGGAGUGUUGGUGGAGGAGACACCACGGAGCACAUCCAAACUCAUUUUGAGCGCAAGAUGGAGCUGCUAAAACUUCAUAAAUGCAUGACCGUAAAAAAUGAGGCACCUCCAGUCACGGACCUGGCUACUGGGAACGAAAGCAUGAAUGAGAGAAGCAUACGACACCAGCAAAAUGGGCAGCAACAGGAUUCUCAGCAUUCCUUAGGCAAUCAAUUGGAGGAGGAGAAAGCCACAGUUAUUGUCAGUUCACCUGCUACUAUUAUUUCCACUGCUGAUGAUGUGCUGUCUGGUUUGUCAGCAUCAGCGGCUGAAGAAUCCUUGCAGAAUGGUACGGAGAAUGGGGAGGAUAAGAGCAAUUUUCCGUCUGCCCGAUCACAGCAAAUCAGCAGAAAUAAGAUCCUUGAAGAUGAGCCAUACAGCAAGGAUGAAUCCCCAUUGUGCACUUUGUCAGAGUGGCAAGACUCACUAGCCCGCCGCUGCAUAUGUGUCUCUAACAUUGUCCGCAGUCUGUCCUUCGUCCCUGGCAAUGACAGUGAAAUGUCUAAACACCCAGGCCUGCUACUUAUACUGGGCCGUGUGGUACUCCUGCAUCACCGGCAUCCUGAGCGCAAGGAGGCCCCUGUUACCUAUGAGAAAGAGGAUGAGGAGGAUGAAGGAGUCAGCUGUGAACAAGAUGAAUGGUGGUGGGACUGUCUGGAGGUUCUGCGAGAAAACUGUCUGGUCACAUUGGCGAACAUCUCUGGCCAGCUAGACCUGUCUAAAUACCCUGAGAGUAUCUGCCUUCCUCUGCUCGAUGGCCUUCUCCACUGGGCUGUCUGCCCAUCAGCAGAAGCCACUGAUCCCUUCCCUACGUUGGGGCUUAAUGGAGCAGUUUCCCCUCAGACAGUGGUUCUUGAGACCCUUAGCAAGCUCAGCAUCCAGGACAGUAAUGUUGACCUUAUUUUGGCCACGCCACCCUUCAGUCGCCUGGAGAAAUUUUACAGUUCUCUGGUACGCUUAAUUGGUGACCGUAAGGUACCUGUGUGCCGGGAAAUGGCAGUGGUGCUGUUGGCCAACCUGGCCCAUGGUGACAGCCUGGCAGCUCGGGCCAUUGCUGUGCAGAAAGGCAGUAUAGGGAACCUCCUGGGGUUUCUGGAGGACAGUCUAGCAGCCACACAGUUCCAACAGAGCCAGGCUUCACUGCUGCAUUUGCAGGGGCCACACUUUGAAUCCACUAGCAUGGAUAUGAUGCGACGGGCUGCCCGUGCCCUGCAUGCACUUGCCAAAGUAGAAGAGAACCACUCUGAGUUUAUGUUGUAUGAGUCGCGGCUACUGGACGUAUCUGUAUCCCCCCUCCUGAGCUCAGGAGUGUCCCACGUCAUCUGCGAUGUACUGUUUCUGAUUGGCCAGUCAUGACAGAUGUGGGGCGGACCUUUCUCCCCCUCUCAAAUCUGUGUGAAUGGUAACAGCGAAAACUGACUGUCCUUUUUUUAAUUUAUGCAAAAAUCACCUCAAAUUCCACUGAUUGCUCUUUCUACCUUCCUUCUUUCUAAAGGAAGGAUUUCACAAAGUGGAUUUAAAACAAAUAAAAUGAAGAGAAACUAAUGUGGAUACAUGACUUAUGACCUUGGGAGAGUGUGCUGCCAGGAUGUUUUUUAAAUUAAAAUGAAAAGUAGAUUAAAAAAUGAAAAAUAAAACUAACCAAAGUUGCUGUCACAUUUACAGUGAGUUUGGGUUUAAAGGUGCCCAGUGGUCCUGGGCUGGCAGACACUAUUGUUUAGUUCUUAUUUGGAGGCUAUACAGUUUUAGAUUCUUGUUUAUCUUAUGAUUUGUAACUUGGAUGAUAUAUACACUGAGCCCAGGGACCAGGUCAUUGGCUGUGAACAGACAUCUGUAAAUGGAAGGCCUGUACAGUAGAUUGUAUGACUUUUUUUUUGUACUGUACACCUUAAAGUAACAAGCUGUAAACAUACUGUAAUAAUACUGUUUCACACUGAGAUAAUGCUGAUUUGGCAGCAAAACUGUAGUUUUUAAAAUGAUUUUUGUUCUUAUUUAGAGAGAGGGGAAAGACAUUCUUCCCCCAAAGUAUCGUGUACAACACCCCGACCUCUUUGUCCCUUGAUUGUAUGACUUGACCCUCAAAGAAAUCACCUCUUAGGAUUGGUCUUGAGCUUCAGAUGCAGCCCAGGCUGCAAUGUAAAUGAUGUACAAUACACUUUGCUCUUUCUCUCUCUCUCACACAUUAUUGCGCUCUUCACCAUUUUUAAUCUUUGAUUAAUUAAAGGUUACACUCAAGAUCUCUUCAUUGCGCAUUGCCAUGUGUUUAUUUAAUACCCUUCCUUCACAUACAUCUGGGAUUUCCUCUCUUUAUAAGUCAACUCAAACACACAAAUUCACAUUGUGGAGAAAUAUGUCAAAUCUGAUAUGUCUAUGGCUCUAAAGUGAGCUCUACAUUCAACCAAAUCUAGGCGAUUCCUAAAGAAAUCAUCCCUUACCCCAAAGUGCUAUGGAUUCUGCAUAUUUGUAUUUCAGAAAAUGUAGCUAAAAAUCUUGAUGUUUUUUGGCUUAAUGAAUAUAAUUUAUUCAGUAUGAAAUCUUUAUACUCUAUGUUCCACGUGUUAAGAAUAAAUGUAUCUUCAUAAGA